CCGUGGAAGAUUUGACUUUUGUGGUUUGAAGUUCUGCGAAAAUGUCGAAUAUCGAGUGGGAAGGCAAUGAAGAAACUUAUGAAGAUCCAGACGAGCAAAGAGUCCUCUUUGCCGCUUUGGAUUCCUUUUACCAAUACUCAAAAACUGCGCACUUCAAUACAACCCAUCUCCGAAGGCAAGCGUUCUACGCAUUACCUAGAGCUCACUGGGAACUCCUUGCUGAGCCACCGUUCUCGUAUCUAGACACACUCAAUGCUGUCGACGAUGCCAUUGAUAAGAAUGCCGAGCUCUCACUUGCCAUUCUGCACUCGGGCCUGGAAUCGUUUGGUAUCGGACUACCAUCGACUAACCAUGAUCGGAAAGAGUCGAAAGAAUGGCAAGGCAAAGCAACGCCCAAUGACCUAGAGAAGGCAAGAAGCACUCUUCGUCAAUUUUACCGUGACUGGUCUGAGGAAGGAGCUUCAGAAAGAGAGGCAUGCUACGGUCCAGUGAUCAAUGCCCUGAAAUCCGAAGCUUCUCUGCAUGAUGCCUCAACCAUGCGAGUUCUAGUCCCUGGAGCAGGUUUAGGCCGUCUUGUAUUUGAUCUUUGCUGCGCCGGCUUCGACACAGAAGGCAAUGAAAUCUCUUAUCAUCAAUUGCUCGCCAGCUCAUACAUCUUAAAUCAUUGUCCUGAGUCCCGUGCUUAUACACUUCAUCCUUGGGUCCAUUCAUUCUCCAAUCACAGAAACCGUGCGAACCACUUGAGAUCGGUACAGAUACCUGAUAUACAUCCUGGAAUGACAUUGGGAGCUGUUGAGACUGCUGGCGAAAUGAGUAUGAGCGCUUCGGAUUUCCUGCUCCUGUACGGGGACGAGUCACAUAAGGACACGUUUGAUGCUGUCGCAACGGUCUUCUUCCUUGAUACCGCUCCUAAUAUCAUCCGAUACCUUGAGGCUAUCAGAAACUGUCUACAAACCGGUGGACUGUUGAUCAACAUGGGCCCACUUCUAUGGCAUUUCGAGAACAAUGCUCCAGGUAACCAUGGGAAAGACUCUUCAGCUCGUAAAGGCGGCGAAGGUAUUGCAGAUCCCGGUGCAGUUGAGUUGACAGAUGACGAAGUUGUUGCUCUGCUUGAGAAGUUAGGGUUCACUCUUGAGAAGAGAGAGUCUGGUAUAGCUGCUCCAUACAUUCAAGAUCCUGAAAGUAUGCUCCAGAAUACGUACAAAGCUAGUCACUGGGUAGCAAGAAAACGAUAACAGGAUCAAGAUUUUGCACAAG